UCUCUUUUGCCGUGACUCGCAGCCACCGAGGACGACCGGAGGGGUGGGAACGACGGAAGCAUGGGCGAUCGGCACGGCGACGACGACCACAAUGACGUCACACCCAGCUGCUAUGAGCUGGACAAGAUCCUCAACCGAGGAUGCGUGGCGUACACCCCCUACAACCAGGUGUGGCCUGGAGUUUACAUCGGUGACGAGGCGACGGCAAAAGACAAGUUGAAGCUGAAGCAGCUGGGAAUCACGCACAUCCUGAACGCCGCCGAGGGCACGUGGAAUAACGUGGAUACAGGUGCCGGUUACUAUGGCGACAUGGAUGUGGUCUACCACGGCGUGGUGGCCUACGACACGCCCUCGUUUGACCUCAGCCAGUAUUUUUUCACCGCCACCGACUUCAUCCAAACGGCGCUGGCUGACCCUCAACAUAAAGUGCUGGUGCACUGCGUGAUGGGCAGGAGCCGCUCGGCCACGUUGUUCCUGGCUUACCUGAUGAUCGGUGAGGGCGUGACGCUGGCGGCUGCCGCCGAGCACAUCAAGACGCACCGGAGGAUCCUGCCCAAUUGGGGCUUCCUCAAGCAGCUGAGGCAACUGGACGCGCAGCUCGCGCACGAGCGGCGCGACGGCGCCCGCCGGGUCGGCCGAGUCCAGGUGACAUCUACAAGGGGCGGCGAAAUAAGCGUGUCAACAUUUGAUCCACUGACCGACUAACUCUGUUUUGCAGCAGAAUGUUCUUACGUUGUAUUGCUGCAAUAAAAUCUUUCAUACAUUGA